CAUUUUUUCGGCAGAGAAGUGGUCAUGACGCUGCGGAACAAUCUUAUACAAAACUACGCUUAUUGACCGCACUACUAGCGGCGAUCAUUUUUGAGAAAAAUGUCCGACGAGCCUCCGUAUCCUGUGCAAAAGUAUCGUACUCGUAGUAAUCGCAGUCAUGCUUGACAAAUCUCCUGCCCAAGGCCAAUCAGCAUGACAAACUCCAUUUGUAAUGCUGAGCGAAUCUGUAUUGCAAUUACUACUAGUACGAUACUUUUGCAGUGCAUACUCCGCCGCCGGCGGAAGAGGCUCCGGCGGAGGCCCCCGUACAACCGGCUGAGGCUGCUAUACCAGAAGAAGCGGCACCGGCGGGCGACGCGCCGGCAGCAGAUGAAACUGCCGCUGCUUCCCCGACAGGUGACGCAGCUGCACCCGCGGAAGCCUCGGUUGCGGAGACAUCAGUGGCAGAUGCCGGCACACCCGGGACCGACGCCCCGGCAACCGGCUCGGUUGCCCUCGCGGGCGGGCUGGGGGCGUUGCGAGCGGCGUCGAAGCUCAUGCGACGGACUAGUGCGGGUAAUCGCGUGUGGACCAAGGGACAGCGAGUCAGCGUAGAUUUGAGCUCGGCGCAGGGGUCAAAGGUAGUAGAACUUGUUUUUCAUCGUGCUCACAAAUGGAAGUUACUUGCAGAGGAGCAGUUUGAAUGAAGGAAGUCAUUUCAUAGUGAUGCGAGUUCUAUUGUACUGCUUGAUGUACAUACGAUGAUAUGCAAGAAAUAAAAAACAUCAAACAGGACCAGCCAGACGCGGAGGCGGCGCGACUGAGAGCCAAAGAGGCAGAAAUUACGUACGUCGAUGGAGAGGGUGAGUUGAAAACUGUGUUGCGCGACAAGGAUCAACUGCCUAUGCAGAUUAUGCAUCGCAAAUAUGUCUGGGUCUGAAUUUUGGAUAGUGCAAAUAUCUGCGUUGCACGAUCUCGACCAAAAGCUGUCCACUUUUGACCAAGUAGCUGAGAGGGAGUUUCUCAUGCAGACGAGGCAUGAUAGAGGUCAGACAGAAUCUGUCAUGCUGGGUCAUGUAUGACAGACCGAGGUCCUGGAAGACCUGCAUGACAAGUCUUCCAACCUUCCAGACCCAGACAUAUUUGCAUUUGAUACAGAUCUCCAGUUUCGAGCGGGUGGAUGGUUUCGACUUUACCCUGGCAAAGGUAUCUAUCUUCACUGCUUCUCGAGUAGAUCCUUCGUGUUCAACAACUUGUCUUGCAGAGUAUGCAUUCUUACGAGGUUUUGUCAUGCGGGAAGCGCAUUAUUGAAAUAGAAAUACUUUUUUCACAAAAACAGAAUUCCACCUGGGUGUCCGGCACUGAAGUUGCGUUUAUCAACGGCCACUCCGUGAUUCUGUACGACGUCGUAUCCGAGGAGCAGAGAAUACUUCACGGCAAGGACAGUGGUGGCGUUGGGGCGGUGCAGAUCUCGCCUGACGGCGCCUACUUGGCCAUCGCGGAAAGCAGUAUGGUUUUUGUUUCGAUUCUGCUGUUGCAUAAAUUCUGAAGAGCAGGAUCGUUCUUGAGCCGCAUGCACGGAUGCUGUACCAUGCAACUACGCAAAGAAGGAUCUAUCAGCAUGAUUUUUGUACCAAACAUCUAUCAGGUAUCGAGCCCCUCGAGCAGCCGCCAAGGAUAUUUAUCUACCAAUUCCAGACCAUGAAGGUGCACCGGGUACUGCGGAAGUGUUCUGAAAAGGGCUACGUCGGCGUUUCCUUUUCCCCGCACAACGAGGAUCAGCUGGCGUCCCUCGGGGCGUUUCCAGAUUACUUGUUGACGGUGUGGAACUGGAAGGCGGAAAAGAUCAUGCUGAAGUGUAAGGCGUACGGGCAGGACAUCUUCCAGGUACGAUGGGGCCAGUUCCCCGGGCAGCUCGUCACCACCGGUGUCGGGCACAUAAGGUUCUGGAAAAUGGCGACCACCUUCAGUGGGCUCAAGUUGCAGGUAUAGUAGUGGAGCUUUUUGUCAUGUUGAUGAUGUUGGGAGAAGUUCGUUGUUGCACCAUCAUUUUUUAUUUUUUCCGUGUGUAAAGAUGUUGCACAUCGCAACUGGUUUUAGUACUAUUUUUACAAUUUAUUUUGCACGACUAAAAUAAAAAUUAUCCCUCAGGGCGCCCUGGGUAAGUUUGGUGGAACGGAGCUCUCCGAUAUUCAAGGCUACGUGGAGCUGCCCGACGGAAAAAUCGUGACGGGGUCCGAAUACGGCAAGCUGCUGUUGUGGGAGGGAGUUUUCGUCAAGUGCGAGUUUGUCGACACGGAGGGGAAAAACGCCCACGUGGGCAAUCUGAACGUGGUGUUCCUGGACGAGGAUAAAUAUGCAUUGCAAAUAUGUCUGGGUCUGGAAACUGGGAACUUGUAAUGCUGGCCUUACAUUCCUGUGAAAUCUGUAUGCAUGACCAGCAAAAGUCGCAGCGUCUCUGAUCAUACGAAAGCGCAGUUUGUCAUGCGGAGUGCGCAUGAGAAAGCGUUCUGCAAACUUGUCAUGCUCUCCUGCAUAAGGAAGUGUCUUCAACAUGCACAUGUUCGCAUUACAAAUUUCCAGACCCAGACAUAUUUGCAUGUGAUAACAAAAAUCUGAAGACAAAAUACGUCGUCUCCGCGGGCGAAGACGGGUUCAUAAGGUGGUGGCCGCUUUUGGAAAUCGACGCAGCGGAGGCGGAUUACGAUUCAGGUAUACUUAUACUACAGCUGGGAGUGUUUUUUUUUAAUUGCAGGUUUCUUUGCGUGAAAUAAAACUUUCCGUUGAAAAAACGCGAAUCACGAGGGUGUGCUUACUUUUAUGCGAUCCUUCACAGCAAUCACGCAAAGAGUCUUUUUUUGCAUCAAAGAAUUGAAACAAAUCGUGAAAACCCCAGGCUCCUUGAACGUCACAAUCCCUUGCGUGAAGGAAAUCGAAGUGCCGCACUCGCCUAUCCAGAAGGAAGAUUUGCUCGGGUUGUUCUUCUUUGUGGGAAGAAAUUUGCAGAUCAGGUUUAGUUCAUUUUCGCGGUGGGAAUCGAAACGCUUUGAACACAAAGACCUUGCAUGUAGUCUACGAUUUUGUUUUCACUUGCCAUUUUAAGUCGGGAAAAUUUCGAUGCGAAUCAUUGCAAUAUGCACGAAGGGAGAAAAGAAUGCAUGCGUUUUUUCAAAAAGUGAAGUUUUGCUGCACAGUGAUUGUACUAUCAACAGGAAGAUACCCCAGUUUUUUUCCCUUUCCAUACCUCCUUACCCGGCCUCCAUUCAGUCCCUCGCGGUGAGCAAAGACAAAACCAGGUGGGUGAUACAGGACGACAAGAACGGAAUUCUCUGGCACUACAACGUGGGCACCAACGAGUUCAAACAACUCUUGAAAUCGCACUCGGGCCCGAUUUCUUCCGUCGUCUCGCUACCGCCGUACUUCGGAGGUGUCAUCACCGGCGGGGCCGAGGACGGAACCAUAUGGAUUGUAAAAGUGUCUGGGUCUGGAAACUUGUGAUGCUAAAAUGUGCAUGAUGAAAACACUGCCGAAUGCAGUCCGGCAUGACAACUUCCCAAAACGCUUUCUCAUAGGCAAUCCGCAUGGGAAGCUGCGUUUUUGCAUGACAAAAGAGGCUGCGACCGUUGUUGGUUGUGCAAUACAGAUUUUCUAGGUAUGGAAAGCUAGCAUGACAAGUUCCAACCUUCCAGACCCAGACAUUUUUGCAAUCCAUAAACCAUUCGGCUCUACAACGUGACGGAGGACCAGUCCGUGUCUUCCUCGCUAGUCUUCCAGUCGACGGAGGGCAAUCCCUACCCCAACACGGGGAUCUGCCAGCUGGUGUUACCCCCCCUCGCCGUGGACCCGAGUUGCCGCACGGUCACGGUCGGUUACACCAACGGUGUGAUAAGAACCUUCACGCUCUACCACGGCGCGUUUGUCCUCCGGGAAGCGCUGAAGCCGCACGCAAACGCGAAGAUUUCCUCCAUGGGUUUCAGUAUCAAAUGCAAAUAUGUCUGGGUCCUCUGGAAGAUCAAGGUUGCGAGACUUGUCAUGCUAGUCUGGCAUGAUUCUGCGCUCCCUCUGUAUUGCGUGGUCACCAAGAGGUCCUCUUGCCUGUCGUGCAAAAGCGUAGAAGUUUCUCAUGCAAAAUAGGCAGUACAGAAGCACAAUGAAAAAACUGGUCAUGCUUAGCGGCGCAUUUCAGAGCACUUAUUGUGCACGGACUUGCAUCACAAGUUUCCAGACCCAGAAAUAUUUGCAAUGCAUAUUCAGUCCCAACGCGCAAUUCUUCGUCUCGAUCGGCGAGGAUCUGACCGCGUUUUUCUUCACCGUGAACGCCGACAACAGCAGUCACGGCGGAUCGUUGCUGCUGCCCUUAGGGUUUGUCUCCUUCCACUCCAAGUGCCUCUCCUUCUCCUGGCAUUCGAGUUCCGCGAAACUGCUACUUUCCUUCCAAGACGGUACCGUCGGGGAGAUUCAAACGCCGAACCUAUCAACUGUAAAAAUGUCUGGGUCUGGAAGAAUCCAACUUGUCAUGCUGAUUUUGGAUUCUAAAAAAAUCUGUAUUGCAUGAGCAGCAAAGAGAGUCCAAGUUUUGCUACACGGAAAGAGCAUUUGUCAUGCGGUAUAGCCAUCAGGGAGCCCUCACAAAAUCUGUGAUGCUAGGGCAUGCAUCACAGAGAUCAGGAGUCAUGCAAAAUGUGCAUGACAAGCCUGGCAAUCUUCCAGACCCAGACAUUUUUACAUCUGAUAGAACCCAAGUGAGAUCGACACGCAGGACAGCUUCGAGAUCCAGUUACCACACAAACUCUGGAUGUAUCCUGUGUCAAAACGUCCCCACCCCAUAGUCAAGUUGGUAAAUCUGCAACACAAAUCUCCAAGUUUUGGGAGUUAUGCAUGACAAGUCUCCAGUUGUAAUGUAAUCGUGUUUAGCAAGGACAGCCGCAUCACAAAGACGCAUGCUUGUCCUGUUUACAGCAUUACAAAUCUCAUAACACGACUACAAAGUCCAAGUCCUCUCAUGCAGAUGCGCAUUGCAGAUGUUUCUGUGGAGGCAAAUCUGCAUGACAACUAUGGGGUGAGGACGUUCUUACUUAGGAUAGGAUGCCGGAAAGGUUCAUCCCUGCAGAGCCGUCGAGCGCCGAGGAGGAAGUGGUCGAGGGAGAGAAAAAGGAGGGCGAAGAAGAGGGCGAAGGUAUUACGAUGAAAAAUUCCCCCAGCCCCGAACUUGAGAGCAUCUGUAUAGCAAACCUUUCCAAAUGAAACAUUCGCCCUCUUGCAUCUAUCAGCAUCACAGAUUUCCGAUCGUGAAUAGCAAUUUGUAUUGCAAAAGAUCCCAGCAAGAGCGGCGUUUCCGUUUGUCAUGCAAGCGGUGCGAAACACGCCUAGACUCUGCAUCAGAAAGAUUCGUACUCCUUUCAUGCAUGACAAAAAGUUUUCAUUUGGAAAAUUCGCAUCACAAAUUUUUGCACCUUUGGGGGUGGGGGCGAUUUUCCUCGCGAUAGAAGGAGAGGAAGGAGCCGCUGAGAAGCCGAAAGCCGUUGUGGAAGCCGCGGUGGCGAAGCCGAAAAAGGCCAAACCCACGAAGAAGAACACGAUGGGCGAGGAAGUUGAGGAGGAGGCGGAGGCGAUCGAAAUUGUCGCCGCAGUCUACAGGAACGACGACACAGUGCUCUUCGCAGCGACGGGAGAGUAUAGUGAAGUUUUAACAUCUGAUUUUUGCGUUGACUGGAACGCAAUCACAAAUCGUUUAUUCUGCUUUAUGGGUCCUCGCGUCUAUACAAGAAGAUAGAACAACUACCUAUGCAUCCAUUCGAAAAUUAUUGAAAUUGCUCGGGAUCGAUCGUUCAUUCAAAAGAUUAAAUGCAAAAAAAAAUUCUCUAGGUACAAGCAGUACCUGUACUGCAUGUCCGUAGCCUCCUCCAGUUCCGAAGAAGGCCAGUGGAUUCCCACCAGCACGAAAUUCGGUGCCAAGUUGUACAACAGUAUGGCGUAUCCGAAAACGAAAUUCCCGGAAACCACCAUCGUUACCUGCAUGACUUUAUCCCCCCAGGCGGAUCUACUCAUGCUGGGCUUCAAGGAUUCCAGGGUGUGGCUGGUGCCACUCGAGCACGGGGCGGACCCCAGCAGCGAGCCCAUGAGGAAGUACGUGCAGGUGCUGCAGGGGUCAAGCAGAAGCGGGGCCGUGAAUUCGCUCAGCCUGAUGGGAAACAGCGUGCUUUUGAUCGCGGGCAAUGACGGAGUGAUGUACACGACGAGCCUGGCAAGAGAAGGCUUGAAACUAUACCAAGAAGCGGAUAAAAGUACUUUAUUUUUGGUCAAAUUUCAGAUUCUAGCAUAUUAACCUGACUCUGUCUAUUCACGUGUUGAAAAAUUGAAUCUUUGCAUGUCUGUGCAUGAAAAGGAAAUCAAUACGUGAAAAAAAUUCAAAACAAAAUCAGACGGGACGGCGGCCCGCUUCGAUGAGAAGCAGUGGGACAGCUACCGGACGCCACUCACCUUCACCGCAGUCGCAGACUGGAAAUUACCGACGAUAGAAGACAAACCCUCCGCGGUGAGGGACAUCACCGAUCCGGCCCAUUUUUCCGUGCAGGAGGAAAAAUUGAAGUCCGAAUUGGAAAACGCAAAAGCCGCAGCGGAAAAGAAGAAGGACCAUGUCAGGAGCCAGAUCGCGGCCAUAAGAAAAGACCUGGAGCUGCUGAGGGCGAGCAACGUCACGUAUAAGUAGUUUUUUUUCUUAAAAAUAAAAGAUGUAGUAGAUGAGUAACGCUUGUUCGCGAAAGUUUGGCAUACUGUACUGAGAAGGACGAGACGAGUGGUGGACAACUGAGCCUUGUCGGUUCGAUAUGAUAUCAUCUUCUUACUUUAAUAUGAAACGCAAACCCGUUAACAGCGACUCCGGGGCCGAAUUAAUCCCCAACAUGGUGGCGGAUCCGAGUUACAUCGAAAUCGUGAAGGCAGAGCAGCAACAGAAAAUCGAAAACGUGCACACCGAACUCGCGUGGGGCAUCGAGUACCACGAGGUGGCGAUAAAGAAAUUGAAGGAACGCUUUCUCGACGAAUUGGACCACGAUAUCCUGUGCAAAAACGUCCCCACCCUAGAGCUGUCAUGCAAAUGCGCAAUGAUAGGAACAUUUGUGAUGCGCAGCCCCAUGAGAGGCGUUUCCAGUCGCGUCAAAAUUUGUAUUAUGCUGUUAACAGGAUAAGAAAUUGACUUUGUCAUGCGGCUUUCCUUGCCAACCACCACUACACUGCAGAGGGAAACUUGUCAUGCACAGCUCCCAAAGCUUGUAGUUUUGUGUUGCUAGAUUCCCAACUUGACUCUGCGGCGGGGACGUUUUUGCAAAGGAUACGCGAGCGCGUCGUGGUCCGCGCGUUUUUGACCCCCUCAAAAAUCACGACCUUCCGGGUCAGCGGCCUCCCCGCGGCGCUGAAGGCGCACCUCGCGGGCCUGCACUCGUUGAUUUUCAAAUCCGGUGCGCAAACGAUGGACGACGACGAAGACAGCGAUUUGGACUUGCAGGACGGCACGAGCGUGAACAAGCUGAAGUCCUUGCAAGACUCCGCCGCGGUUGCGGUGCCGGGUGUGGCAAACCCGCUGGAAAAGGAAAAGGUCCUCACCUCCGCGGAGAUCCGGGCGGAGAGACGGGCGGCGCGGUUAGCGAGGAAGCAGGAGAUGAAAAAGUUGGAAGCGACCAAACCCGGGCCGAACAGUGACGAUCCGCAGGAUUUUAUCCAAGAAAAAAACUGUGUUAGUGUAACUCUUUUGGGAAAACUGCAUCACAAGUUUGUCUGCUAUGAUAGGAAAAACUUGUUAUGCGCAGAUACGAAGGGAAAACGCCUAGGAAGCGAGCCGAUCAUGCAUGUCAAGCAUGACAUCAAAUGUAACAGUUUUGCAUUUUCUGCAUCACAGAUUUACACUUACACAGUUUUUUUCUUGCAUAGAUCUGGACGCGAUCCAGCUGGCGAAGGACACUUUGGGAAAUUACUUGCUGAAAACCGCCCCAGACUACAAGGUAUCCUGUGCAGAAGUAUCGUACUCGUAUUGCAAUCAUGCAUUACAAAUCUUUUUCUCAAGGUAAAUCCGCAUUACAAAUUUUAUUUGUCAUGCUGAGAAAAUUUGUAAUGCAUUUCUACGAGUACGAUACAAUACUUUCGCGAUUCAUACAAGGUUCCAGAAAACCAAAGAAUCAAUGCGGAGAAGAAAAGGAGACAAAUGUUCUUAUUGGAAGAAUCGGUGCAUGCAAUCAAGAUGGAAUUCACGCAGAAGGUUUUGGCUUUGCGGGAUUUUAAGGAGGAGGUGAAGAAAUCCGUGAAGCGCGAUUUAAUCAUGCUCGAGCAGAUCGGGGGGUCCAUCGCCGACAAUUUGAAGGCGAUGGUGGUCGGAAAAGAAGCGACGCAAAUGGACGAAUAUCCGGAAAAGCGAUUUGAUUACACCGAAGAAGAAUUGACGGACUUCGCAAAGACCGGGAGACUAUUCGCGGACGAGGCGGGGAAUGGAGCGGUAAUUUUUUUUUUUGACUGAGUGGUAGGAUUUCGUUUUCCAAAGCCUGGCGCGCUUUUUACAAGUUCACUUCGCUUUAUUAUCUUGGAUCCGCAUUUUCAGUUGUAAUAUGGUCAAGUUUUGCUUUUCACAAUGUAAGUAUUCAAAAAAAAUCAGGACUCCGCCCCCUCGCACGAAUUUCCAACGGAAUACGAUAUUCGGUCUGUCUAUGCAUUUGGAAAAAAGUUUCGCACUGUUGUUGUGGGGAAGUGAAUUUUGUUGACAGAUGUUUUUCAGUCGCGGCUGACAUGCUGAGCAGGCGCCGCUUGAUUUGUGAACGAGUAAAGCACAAAUACUUACUCCACUGCAAGCAUGCGAUACAACUUUUUUUCCCCCUGACACCAGUCGGCUUAGGAAGAUGCAGAUGCGGCAGCGCGCCAUCACGAACCCGCUGUCAAGUUCCUCCAGCAACCCCCUGGCUAAAAUGUGCAUCGACGAGUACGAGCGAAGAACGGUUUACAACCGACAGCAGCUGGAGCAGCAAAUCCGGGAAAAAAUCGACGGAUUUGACGAGGCGGUCUGCCAGUUAGAGAAGGAAAAAGCAAAACUUGAGUCCGAUCUCAAGAACGCCCAGACGAAACUGUUACUGCUCUACGAGGAGCUUCAAACGCUGAACGACUUGGAAGCGGAGGACGCGAAACUGAUGCAGAAGUCUUCCAAGUGCAAGCAGGACCGGCUGACCAUCAUGGCGCAGAUCAAGGAGUGUCAGGACAAGCUGCAGGAGAAGCGGGACGAAAUCGAAAACUGGAGGAACGAAGAACAAAACUUACAGGCCGAAUUCACCGACACGGUCGGGGAAACCAGCCCGUUUCUGCCCGUGCUGCUCAAGCUGUACAAGAAGAAGGUUAAGAGGAAGAAGAAGAAGGCAAAAGACAGCGACGAAUCCGGGGACUCGGACGAGGAUAGCGACGACGACGACGUAUCUUCUGGGAAAACACCAUCGCACUCGCGUAAGGUGAUUUGCAGCUGUUAUUUGCAUGUUACAGCAGACUUUGUUCCCUAUUGCCUGUGUCUGCAUGACAAACUGCAUUUUUUUCCUGGGUUCACUUGCUCAUGCGAUUUAUAAUUACACUAGUGCGAUUAGUAGUUUUGGAAUGCAUAAAAGGAUGAUGAUGACGACGACAGCGACGAGGAAGAGCAGGAGGAGGAUGUGUGCCCGCAGGGCUGCGACAUGAGCGUUUACGAAUCGGUCUUAGAACUCCGAGACAAACGAUUAGACAUGGAGGACGCGUUGUUAGAGAUUCAAAAAGCGGUCGAGGAGUUGAGAAGAAGUCACCAGAAAUUGCUCUCCGACGAGAAAAAGAUCGACAAGGAACAGGAGCAGGCAGACAAGGAGAUCCAGGGGUUCCAGUCCGAAAAACAGAAAAUGUUGAACAAAAUCGUGCUGGCGCUCACCCUGCGGUUGAGUCAGGUAUACUGUAGUCAAAAAUUAUGUUACAUAAUGAAGCAACCAGAAUUGUCAGACAAUUCUGGUUGCUUCGUUGUGUCCACAGCAUGGUAGUUCGAUCUAUGCAUGAAAAGAAAGAACUAGGUCAUCACGACGCAACGCAGGCGUUUUAUGAAAACGAAAAAUUAUCAACAACAGGUCCAAUGCCUCACCGACCCAGAAAACGAGGGAGACUUUGCCCAGCUGGCUUUGAACCUGAACGACUACCUCGUGUUCCCGAACGAGAGACUGAGACUACUGAUGCAACGCAUCACGGAGCUGCACAACGAGAAGGCGAACGUGCGCAAGCAGUACAAGGCUUUGAAGAAGGAGUUUGUCGUCCGGGGGAAGCAGAAGAAGCUGGUCGCGGCGGAGAUUGAAGAUCUGGAAAUCAAGUUUCAGGACCUGCAGCGGCUGAAAUUCGGGCAGCAAAUCGAUUUGGACCUAAUCGAGAAGGAGACGGAAGAAGACCCCUACAUGAUUGAGUUAGAAAACAAGAUCGGGUCCGAGGAAAAGGAAAUGAAGAAGACCAAAGCCCACUGGAUGAAGAAGCUCGACGACGUGACGAAAUUAUUGCAAAGCGAAACGGACAGAAACACGGAAUUGAACGAAAAGUUGGUGGAGCUCGGGUACCAGAAGGUCGAGUUGGACGAAACGUUGAACGCCAGAAUCAGCAAUGUCACGAUCAACGACGACGUCACGCUAGAACUCCGGAUAAAAGAGGAGGAGAAGAUGCAAGAACAAAUUUCGGCACAGCAAGCGGAGAUCCAGACCUUGCAGGCGGAAAUCCAACUGUUCCGGAAGAAGGGCGGACAUAUCUACACCACGGUAACCUCGAACCGGCACAACUAGGUGCUGGGUUAGUUCACGCUUAUCGUGUCCGAUCAUAUUAUUUCGGGUUGCGGUGCUGGGAUGCGGUCGGAGGGGAGAUGAGUAAUAGACCGAUUCCUUUGUUGGUCGUGCAGAACUUUUCAUAAGUUAGCAGAACCAGCAGUGGGAUUCACUUUGCGAAAAUUUUACUUACACAUCAGUUGUUAUUCAGAUUACAGAACACUAGGUAUCAAAAUCCAAUAGCAGGGACGGAGAGUACAGCCAGUGGCUGUUAUUGUGGCCCUCUCGUCCAGAAUGUGAAUCGUUUAGUGGUAUUUUACGAAAUAGAUGGCGCUGCGGCGCUAUGCAAACAUCGGCACAAAUUAGCAGUCGAAAUUAAAAGUUUAGGAUUCAAUCAGAUAGUGCUGUAGCUGUUGUAGAUGCGCUUAUGCAGGAAAAAGUGCGUGUUAAGUAUCCUUGUUAGUAACCUGACAAAAGAUGAAAUAGAUCAUUCGCUCUUAUGUUUAUCCAUUUUAGCAACGUUUAGAGGCUGGAACGAGGCAGAACUCGGAUGUCCUCUCGGCCUACUACUUCUUACGGUUUUAUUAGCUUAGUAUCAAACUGAAAGUUGCAAGCCGGAACUUUUCGUCAAACUGGAGUAAACAACGCUAUGCGGCGACUAAGCGCCGCAGCUGCGGUCUCGUGGCUGCAAAGAAUGUCUUUUGUAUGAUUUACAGAUGCUGUUGAUGUAACUCAAGCUUCUCUGCUUUGAAAAU